GUGAGUUGUUCCACCCUGCCAGCUUCACUAUCCUAGAACUCUCUACACACCACGAGCAAUAACCUCAACUUCGACCAUCGUCUUCACCAUCUUCAGACUUCAUCUCCUCCUACAGUUACCAUGCUCCUUCAGAUUCUUUCGGUUCUCUCACUCCGUUCGCCUAUCUAGAUAUAAGCAUGCCCAGGAGUUCUGGUUUCUCGCCUUUCGAUCCUUCGCUUUGAUUCCAGUCAUACAUGAAACCCUUUGCUUUCACCAGCUUGCUAUUCUUGAAUCGACUAUAUUUGCUCUGACCCUUGCUCGUGCGAAGUCCGGCGUCUCUGCUUUGCUUUGCCUUCUUGUUUCCCGUCUUUUCUAUUAUAUUUGGUUUUGAACUAUCGAUAAGUUGGGAAGCUGCUGGGCAGUAUUCGACAGCCUACUUGUCACUCGUACAGCCUUUGGCAUCAUCUUCAUUCUUAUCUCUACCUUUUCUGCAUCUUUCUAUUCUUUUUUUUUUUUAUAUUAACUUCAAGGCUGCCUAUUUUUUAAGCCAAACAGUCGUCAUGUCGACCCAAUCACCUACUCCUCUGACUCCUAAGGGUCCUCGCAACAACCGACGCACUCCCAAACGGAAUGCCACUCCCUCCACACAGAAGAACACUUUUCUAUCGACACCUCCGUCCUCACCUCCGAGGAACAUGAGUCCAGGGGGGACAGCUACCGACUCUUCUGUUAAUGUGAAUAUGUCCAAGAAAAAGAACGGCAGGUCCACCAAGAAACCGCGAGAGGGAUUCAUCAAAGCGUCCCCGGCACCAGUCAAUGGCCAUCGGCACGUCAGUUCGAAUACGGCCAAUAAUAAUAAUGGCAACGCAAUUCUUCCUCCAAGGGACAGUCCGCAUUACGCAGGCCCUACAUUCCAUGCGUCUCCCGCUCCCUCCGCGCUCCCGAUCCCGAGCUUCUUUUCCAAGUCUCUUCCCGAAUCCGACCUCGCGCCAGCACUAGAAUCCGACGCCGAAAAUCCGGAUGCCGAGCCCGACUAUGAGAUUACUCCGUCGAAGCCCAAGCCACGUCCUCAAGUACAGGAUAGAAAGCCGGAGUCCACUCCUCUCGAUUUUCUCUUCAAGGCGGCAGUCGAAGCCAGGAAUGUGCAACCACAGCGCAGUCCCGAAGCAAACACUCACACUCGGAUUCGGUCUCCUCAGACAGAUUCCAAAACGUUGCGACAGCGUGGCUUUAAUGACUCAUCUAAUGGGAUAUUCCCUUUCGAUAUGGGAAGCCCAGAGCCACGCUCCUCCCAGAUUGGGCCCUCGUUUGCUCCGUCUUACAAAGACCGUAUGAACGCCAUGCGGGCCACCAAUUCUCCUCCGUCGGCCGAAGUCGACCUUGAUGAUGGUCAAAGAAAGGCCAAAACCGAGGCUCUGAAGACCCUACUCCUUAAUCCGCGUCCUCAAAGACCGUCGUCCGCGUCGCCUUUGGCUCAAGGUCCAGCUGAGCGCCCGAAGGAACACCCGAAUGCCAAUCUCAGCGUCCCUCAUUUUGCCACACCUCUCAGAACGACAUCCAGCCCGCCAGGCCCGAUUCCUGAUGCGGCACGCAACAACUAUCAGUCUAUGACUGCGAACUCGUUCUAUCCCCGGCCUAACUACGCACAUUCCGGCACCCCCCAGCAAGUCCGCUUUCAUAGCCCGGCACCGAGGAAAGGAGCUCCCUCGCCCGGCCCUAGAGUCAAUGGAGGGACACCCAAAGAGAACGUUCGCCAAACACAUGUUCCCUACGAUAACACCCGGUCUCCGGGUAAUUAUACACCGCACGCCCCUGUUCGCCACCAAUCCUCGCCUGCGCGAUCCAACCCGGUGGGCUCACCCCAGGUGCUGGACACAAAGAAGAUGGAGGAUGAUCUGCGGAAGAUCCUAAAGCUUGAUGCAAACCCUGGUUUUGCAUCCCCCGGCAUCCAAAGCUCUUACGCCUGAACGCUCUCAGUGACAGCGCUCGAAGUUGUUGUCUUUACAUCAGUUAUGCACGCUAUUUGAUUUUUUGGGGAUGACAUGUUGAGUUAUUUCAGGAUAAGUUGAUGGUACCUCUUGAAGCUUUGCAAGCGUUCAUUCGUUUUACAGUCUUUGUCACUCUUCGGGGUUCUUGAGAACCAGGUUCUUUGUGUUUUUGCAGCAAGCUAUUCUUAUCUGAUCUUCAGUGGUGCAUUAGCGGGGAUGACUUUUACCUUCUCUUUGCAUCAAAUCUGGAGUUUUGGUUGCGUGUCAGGGUGUGUGUCGGAGUGCGCUGACUGGGAUGUGUCUGGGUGAAUAUUGCUGAGGCGUAUCUUUGACUUCCUGAUAUCUUCCCUCUUUGUCCUUUCCCUGUUGCGUUGAUCCGUCUUGCCAUUUGAUCACAUUCCUUUAUCUCCGAUUCCUGGUCCCAUCUUAUGAUGGCCAUGGGAGAGGCUAGUUUUAUUGAUGUUAUUUUCUCGUUCACGUCCGUCCCCUGUUGACAACCGACCUCCAUUCACGCUCGCUCUCUACAUUCUUACCUUCUUACCUGAUUCUGAUGCUUGCCCAUCCUAUUCCAUACCUAACAUAAGGAUUGUAAUCCUUUGAAUACAU